AUGUCGAACCUCAACGAACCAUUUUACAUUCGAUACUAUUCCGGCCAUCAAGGUCGAUUCGGACACGAGUUCCUCGAGUUCGACUUCCGCGUGGUUGGCGAUGGCCGGAGCGCUACUGCCCGCUACGCCAACAAUUCCAACUAUAGAAAUGACAGCUUGAUACGGAAAGAGAUGUUUGUCAGCUCCCUGGUUGUCGACGAGAUUAAGAGGAUUGUGAGGGAAAGCGAGAUUAUGAAGGAAGAUGACGCGAAAUGGCCGACCAAGAACAAGGACGGGCGGCAGGAGCUGGAGAUUCGACUCGGGAACGAUCACAUUUCGUUCGAGACUGCCAAGAUCGGCUCGAUCAACGACGUGACCGAGUCUGCAGACCCGGAAGGUCUGCGCGUCUUCUACUACCUUGUGCAGGACCUAAAGGCCCUCGUCUUUAGUCUCAUUGCGCUGCAUUUCAAGAUCAAACCUAUCUGA